AUGGCUCAGAUUUUCGGUUUUAAGCCCCAUGGAAGACCUGUUGACGCUAUUGGGGAUUAUCACAGGAAGAAAAACCAGCAGAAGCUAGCCAAGCCUUUCAACAUCUCUCCAGCCCUGAUCAACCAGAAUUGCUCCUUCUCCAAUUAUCUCAGAAAAUUCAGCGUUGAGAAGGACAAGGACCAUCAGCAUAUGCUGUUUCUUAUGUAUUGGCUGAACAGGUUUAUUCUGCCCAACCGUUCCUCUGCAGUUCUGCUUGAGUAUAGACACCUGGCAGAAACUUUGCAUAAUCACACUGAUGUUGGACUCGGGCCUACAGUUUUGGCUCAUUUAUUCAAGAACCUGCAUACUGCCACCCUGGAGUAUCCGCUAAAUCUGUCUGCUCCUGGUGCCUUCUGGAUGAUUCAGAUCUGGCUGCAGGUCUAUUUUCCUGAAUUGAGGUUUCCAGACAUAGUUCUGCCUGAAGAUCAAGUUCUGGCUCAGCCAUUGUUGUUAGCAGAAGUCCCCAAGAGGUCAAUUGAUGAGUACCUGAUGAUCUUCAGGCAUUGUACCAAAAGGUCUGCGGCGCAGUGGCAAGUGGUGAUCAGGAGAACCUAUCCUUGGUUUCAACCUGGAUACCGUCUGUUUGAGAAGGAGCCGGAAGAAGAAUCUGCCAGAACUGAUUUCAGGAAGAAGUUCCUGAGUGUGACCUUGCCUAGAGAUCUGCCUCACGGAGGAGGAAAGCCUCCAAAUUAUCAUUUGGGGGCAGAACUCAUACCCCUCAAGUCAUACAGAAGCUGCAAUCGGGGCUCUUCUUGGAGCGAUGCAGAUGAUUUGGAGGUCCACAAAGAUGCCAGGUGUGCAGUGAAUAAGAUCAACAAUAGUGCAGAUGCCCUUUAUCCUUCAUGGGAACUGAAUUCCUGCAGUUCUGCGGAGUUUGAUGCUUGGUGGAAGGCCAGAUUUCGUGACAUGCCUGCUUCUAGUACCGCACUUCAGGUUCUCUUUAAGAGUUGGGACAACUGGACUGUCCACACAGACGAGGAGACUCAUAAAUUCAUGGUGCAGACCAUUAAAGACAUCAAUAUGCAAGUUAUAGAAGAUCCCUCUUUGACAAAGAAUAUUGGUAGCCAACCUGCCCAGAGUGGAGAGGUGUUUGUUAAUUCUGUUAUUGCUGCUGGGGAUCUGGAGCUGCCCUCCGGGGAUGGAGAAGAGGAAGAAGAAGAAGAAGAAGAAGAUCAGGUAGAACAGAUUCCUGUCGAGGCUACUUCUCCUGCUCAUUUUCUGUUUAUUGUAGCUGGAAGUCCCUUUCCUCCCCUUACUAAGUCAAAAAGACUUAGAAGGAAGAUUGUAGAAGAAUAUGUGGCCCCGGAGGGAACUAAGGCAGUUCCUACCACCACUUCUGGCACGGAUGAUGAUUUGAGAGAGGCUUUCGAAGUUGUGGAGCAGGAGAAGGAGCUGGAAGAGCUAGAAGAAGUAGGAGAGGGGCCUCAAGAGAAGGCCAAGACAGUGGAAGAAGAGGAAGAAAUUACUGCUGAGGUGAUAGCGGAGAGCAUUGCCUUGGCUCGGAAGCAGCAGGAAGAUAUGGGGACAGGGCCAACUAACUCAGAGGUGGCCCUUUUUGAUGAUCCAGAGACAGAACAUUCUACUGCUGCUCCAGCGGUUGAGGACCAGGCGGAGCAAUCCGGAUCAGAGCCUGUGGAGCAGGCGGAACAAGUGGUUGCUGCUGUUGAAACUGUAGUGAAAGUGGCUGCUGCCGUUCCUAGCUUUAUGGUAGAAAUACCAAAAACAGCUGGGACCUUGGCAGUGAGGACCACCCCCCUGCAACCUCCGAUUGUUGCUAUGCCUAUUCAUUUCCUUGCAGGUUCAUCUGCCACGACCUCUUUUACUGACCCGGAGCUGGCAGAAUUCGAAGCUAUGGACCUAGAUGCCCAGCUGGACAAGUUGGAAAAGCUCAGCUCCCCUGUAGGCAAGAUGAAGUCCAAGGCAGUGGAAGAGGCAAUGGAGAGACUGAAGAUCUGGUAG